GUGGUCGGAUCAGGUUGAAGUUUUGUUGUUUUACGUAGAUAAACAAUAGUUGUUUUAUUUGUUACGGUUCAAAAACGAAACUUUUCUAAAGAAAAUAAAAUACAUUGGUAUUUCUUUUGUUCAUUUCCUAUUUUGUUUGGUACAAGAUAACUCGAAGACUUCAUAAUGGCCACAAAUCAAACUGUAUCUGACGAAAAUGUGUUUGUUUAUUUAGAUAUUGCUUUCGACAAUGUUAGAGUUGGAAGACUUAUUAUCGAGCUCUUUAAAAAUAUGGCUCCAAAGACUGUUGAAAAUUUUAGAGCUCUAUGCACAGGAGAAAAAGGCUUAGGUAGAAAAAACAAACCUCUACAUUACAAAGGAUGUAAAUUUCACCGAAUUAUCCCACAGUGCUUUGCACAAGGUGGGGAUAUCACCGAUAAUAAUGGCAAUGGAGGGGAGAGUAUAUAUGAGAACGGCUACUUCGAGGUAGAAAACUGUAAGAGAAUCCACGAUGAAGAAGGAUUGGUUGGUAUGGCUACAGUUCCAAAUACUAACAUAGUCAAUUCUCAAUUUUACAUUACUGUGGUACCUUGUGAGCAGUUGGAUGGUACGAAUAUUGUAUUUGGAAAAGUCAAAAAGGGUCUGGAUAUAGUCAAGGAAAUGUCCAGUAUAGAAAGAAAAGACGAUUGUCCUUUGGAGGACAUCGUUAUCCAUGACUGUGGCGAACUGAAAAAAGGCGAACCUUGGAAUAUUCUAAUACCGGACGAUACAGAUGAUGUUUUUCCACCGUGGCCGAAUGAUUGGGACGACGCGAAAGAUUGCCAGACGAUAGAGCGAGCAAUCGAUACAAUAAGAGAGUCUGGAAAUUUUUAUUUCGCCAAGAAAAGUUUCUCUGAGUCUCAGGGAAAAUAUUUGAAGGUGCUGCGCUAUAUCGACUGGUAUUUGAAGACUGGGAAGAGUCCUAAUGAAUCAUUCGCCAAAAGUAAUAAGUUUAGAACUUUACUGAACUUAGCUGCUGUAAAGCUGGAGAGAAAAAAAUAUAGGGAAGCCUUGCAAUAUUGCAAUGAGUGCGAAGCCAUGGACUCGACUAAUGGUAAGGUAUACUAUAGAAGAGCCCAGGCUAGGUUAGGACUAAGAGACAUAGACGAGUCUCUAGAGGACCUGAAACGAGCUAUGUCCCUUUCGCCUAAUAAUAAAGCUGUCAAGGAUUUCUUCAAGGUAGCGAAAUCGGACAAACUGAAACAUUUGAGGAAAGAAAGGGCGUUCUUCAAAAAAGUAUUUAGUUAAUAUUUAGCAAUAUGUUUUUUAUUAUUUAAUUGUUUGUACAUAGUUUUAAAAUUGUUUUUACCGAAUAAAGUGUUUGUAAAUAG